CGAUUACUUGUUCGAAGAUAAAGUUCAAAUCAUUGUUAGCAGAAAAUAAAAAAAAAGUAUCAAAAUUAUGUCACAACAUUGCCGUCCAAGUCCAGCAAGGUACACACUACCGCCAACCGUGGGUUACAACGGCCACGAUAUACGGAAGCAAAGGAUGCCGGCUUAUACAUUUGGAGCGCGAUUUGCCGAUCGAGAAAAAAUCGAAAGCCCUGGCCCCAAUACAUACGGUUUGCCGUCAACACUAGCCGGAAAAGAUCAAACCGUUCAAAGAGCCCCAGCGCAUACGAUGCAUGCUAAAUUCGACAUAAAGGAUCAUAUCUUCGCUCCCGGACCAAACACUUACGGACUACAAAAUUUUAAACCGGGAACACGAGCACCCGUUUAUACUUUAGGAGCGAAAAUACCUCCAUUGCAUCAAACAACCGAAUGUUGAACUGGAUACCUUAGCUAUGGAUGGCAUAGUACCGAAAUUUGUAGCGAACAACUUUGAUUGCGAAAUUAAAUGUAUAUUAUAUAUAACGAUGUAAAAUUUAUUUUGAAUAAAAAAGGAUGUUGCAAAUAAAA